AUGACACCAUGUGAGAUUCGUUGGGUAUUUAAUGCUUUGUCUUGGAAUCCAACAAAGUAUCAGCUGAUUACUGCUUUAUCAGCAUUAACAUUAGAAGAGCAAGAGCGAAUACAGAAGUUUUAUUUCAAGGGUGAUUACAAACUUUGUCUGAUAGGUCGGUUAAUGAUUCGUCAAUGCAUAAAAAUGGUACUGGGGAUACCAUGGAAAGAUAUAGUAUUAAGUCGUAGUAUAAAAGGAAAACCUUUUUUAGUCAAUAAUACUAAUGGUAAAAAAUUUUUUUUUAACAUUUCUCAUCAUGGGGAUUUUACAGUACUUGCUGCUAGCACUUGUUCUAACAUUGGUGUAGAUAUUAUGAAGUAUUCCUAUCCUAACAACACUGAUAUAUUUUCAUUUUUUAAACUUAUGAAGCGACAAUUUGCAGACGAAGAAUGGAGUUUUAUUAAAAGUUUCAAAAAUGAAUGGGACCAGUUAACAACGUUUUACCGUUUAUGGUGUUUAAAGGAAAGUUAUGUCAAAGCAAUUGGUACAGGCAUUGGCACUGAUUCAGCUUCAUCUAUAAAAUUUAAAGCAAACACAACUGUUUUAAAAUCGGCAUGUUUUGAUAGUGAAUUGUACAUUAAAGAUGAAAAACAACCAUGGACAUUCUAUGAAACCAUGAUAGAUGAGCAACAUGUUGUUUCUGUUGCUCUUGAAUCUAACUGUGUUAAUGGAAAUGUUUUAAAGUUUGAAAAUGUUGCAUUUGAGAAUUUAAUCGAAGGUUGUGAUGUUAUUGAGCCAAAUAAUUGUACUGAAAAUUGGUGGGAAACAUAUAUUACUAAAGGAAGCAAAACAUAA